GGGAACCACCGCCGGACGGGAGCUGACGCGGCUUCCGGCAGCAGUCAGCCCACGAGCACGACGGCGCCAUGGCGGCUCUGAUGGUGGCGGCCACCGUGGGCCUGGCGAUCGUGCUGUACCUGCUGGGGGACUUCCUGCGGCGGGAGCGGUCCUCCCAGCUGUCACUCGGCCGCCAGCUGCGGAUAUACGCUGUAUUGAGAAUAAUGGAUCUUGUCGCCCUAUACUACGGCUGGCGCUUCGAGCAGACUACACGGAACUUCAUGGAGGAGCAGCGGCAGCUGAUCGAGCGCACUCUGCGCGUGAACGCCGGCACGGAGUACGGUCGGGACCACCAGCUGGCCGCCAUGCGAUCGCUGGAAGACUUCCGCGCCCGCCACCCCGUCACCGAGUACCGGCACUACGCGCGCUACAUCGCCGCCGCCGAGCGUGGUCAGGAGGACGCCCUGCUCGCCGACGACGACGUGCUGUUGUUCGGGGUGUCGUCGGGCACCACCGGCGGCAACAAGCACGUGCCGGUGUGCCGCCGCGAGAUCAGGCAUUUCUUAGGCGUGACGGCCGGCGUGUUUGCGCCAGCCGAGUGGCGCUUCGGCGGCGGCGCCAUCGGUAGGACGCUGGGCAUCACGUCCCGGCCCAGCUCGGCCGUCAGCGCCUCCGGCAAGCCCAUCUGCUCUCUGGCGCUGAUGCUGCAGCGGUCGCCGCUGUCGCAGCUGCGCGCCGCCACGCCCGCCUGCGUCGAGGAGGUUCACUCGGAAGUGGCCGCCGUCUACCUGGCGCUGCUGUUCGCGCUGCUGGACCCGCAGCUGCACGGUAUGUUCUGCAACUUCAUCCAGCAUUUCCUGUCGGCGAUGCACACGCUCGAGCGGCAUUGGCCUACGCUGGUGGCCGAGCUGGCCGCUGGUCACGUCGGCGACCACCUGCUCCUGCCGCCUGACUUGCUGGCGCGCGUCAACACGCACCUGGCUCCGGCUCCGCGCCGCGCCGCCGAGCUGCGCGCGCACUUCGGGCGCGGCUUCGAGAUGAUCGUUGCGCGCGUGUGGCCGCGUCUGCGCUUCGUGCAGGCGGCGCGUGGCGGCCUGGCCGGCGCCACGUACACGCGGCUGGCGCGGCGCUACCUGGGCGAGGUCCCGGUGCUGGACGUGGCCUACUGCAGCACGGAAGCGCGGCUUGGGAUCAAUCUGGCGCCGGCCGCCGCCGUGCCCACGUUCACGCUGCUCGGCCGCGCCACGCUGUUCGAGUUUCUGCCGGUGGAGGACCAGCGGCAGGAUCGGCGCGACCGAGAACAGUGGGACCAGCAGGAACAGGGGGACCAGCGGGACGAGCGGGACCAGCAGGACAAGGAAGACCAGCGGGAAGAGCAGAACCAACAGAAACAGCGAAACCAGCAGGACCAACAGGACCAACAGGAGCAGCAGGAGCAGCAGGACCAGCAGGACCAGCAGGACCAGUGGGAUCCGCUGGCUGCGCGGCUGCUGCUGGCUGACCAGGUCCGCGUGGGCGCCGAAUACGAGCUGGUGGUCACCAACGCCACCGGUCUCUACCGCUACAGGAUUGGGGACGUGGUGCGGGUGUGCGGCUUCCACAACCAGGCACCGGUGGUGGAGUUCCGCUACAGGGCGGGUCAGCUUCUGAGUGUGAAAGGUGAAAAGGUGUCGGAGCGGGCGCUGUUCAAGGCGAUGGAGGCGGCCGCCGCCAGCUGGCCCGACACCACGCUGGUCGAAUUCACCGCCGCCGAGAGCCUGAUCGACCCGACAUCUAGCGGCUCCGCGCCAUACUACCUCUUUUUCCUGGCCACGACUGGCUCGGCGUUGACCAAGGAGCAGACGGCCAUGGUGGACACGUGCCUGCAACGCACGCUGGAGAACUACCGCCGCUACCGCGCCUCGGAGUCCAUCGGGCCGGCGCGCGUGCGCCAGGUGGCGUCGGGCGCCUUCCAGCGCCUGCGCCAGGCGAUGACCGCGCGCAGCCAGGCGCACUGGAGCCAGAUGAAGACCCCGCGCGUGCUGCGUCGGACCGAGGACGUGGCGCUGAUGCUGGCGCAAGCGCUGCCCGACGACGUGUGACACCGAGCUGGGGCCACGA